CGUCGGGGCUGCCGUGCUGCCGCUCUGCCGGGCUCCCCCGCCUGGAGUGAGGUAGCCGCUCUGGGGUUUUUGUCUUCCGGAGGGCGAAGUGAAAGCGCGGUCCUGGGAGCCUGCGCCGGUGGCUGCCGGGGCAGCUGCUGCCUGCCCGGGCUAUGGGAGCUGUCAUCUAAUCCCUGUGAUCCAGCAUCUUGCCUCUAUCUUGAGAAGCAGAAAGCAUCAAGAUAAAGACACAAAAAUGACUGAGUUUUGGCUGAUUUCUGCUCCUGGGGAAAAAACCUGUCAACAGACAUGGGAGAAACUACAUGCAGCAACUACAAAAAACAACAAUCUUUCUACUAAUUCAAAGUUCAAUAUUCCGGACUUGAAGGUUGGCACAUUGGAUGUUUUGGUUGGUUUGUCAGAUGAGCUGGCUAAACUGGAUGCGUUUGUGGAGAGUGUUGUAAAGAAAGUGGCCCAGUAUAUGGCUGAUGUUCUAGAAGACAGUAAAGAUAAAGUUCAGGAGAAUCUUCUGGCUAAUGGAGUUGACUUGGUCACCUAUAUAACAAGGUUCCAGUGGGAUAUGGCCAAAUACCCAAUCAAGCAGUCCUUAAAGAAUAUUUCAGAAAUUAUUGGAAAGGGAGUAAACCAGAUUGACAAUGAUCUAAAAGCAAGAGCCUCAGCAUACAAUAAUCUGAAAGGGAACCUUCAGAACUUGGAAAGAAAGAAUGCGGGAAGCUUGCUAACCAGAAGUCUUGCUGAUAUUGUAAAGAAAGAGGACUUUGUACUCGAUUCAGAAUAUUUGGUCACGUUAUUAGUGAUUGUACCAAAGUUAAAUUAUAAUGACUGGGUUAAGCAAUAUGAAACACUAGCAGAGAUGGUUGUACCACGUUCCAGCAAUGUACUCUUUGAGGAUCAAGAUAGUUACCUUUGUAACGUCACCUUGUUCAGGAAGGCAGUGGAUGACUUCAAGCAUAAAGCCAGAGAAUAUAAAUUUGUGGUCCGUGACUUCCAGUAUAAUGAAGAAGAGAUGAAAGCAGAUAAAGAAGAAAUGAAUAGACUGUCAACUGACAAGAAGAAACAGUUUGGGCCUCUGGUUCGGUGGCUGAAAGUUAAUUUCAGUGAAGCUUUCAUUGCGUGGAUUCAUGUGAAAGCACUAAGAGUUUUUGUUGAAUCUGUUUUAAGAUAUGGUUUGCCAGUUAACUUCCAGGCAAUGCUGCUUCAGCCUAAUAAGAAAACAAUGAAGAAACUGAGGGAGGUUUUGUAUGACUUAUACAAACACCUUGACAGCAGUGCAGCAGCUAUCAUUGAUGCAACUAUGGAUAUUCCAGGCUUAAACCUCAGUCAGCAGGAGUACUACCCAUAUGUGUACUACAAGAUCGAUUGUAAUUUGCUGGAAUUCAAGUAGAAGUUCCCUAACAUGACAAUCUUCUCAGUGUUGGUGUAAACAAACAGAAGUGAGGUUGAAGUACAGUAAUACUUUUAACACUCUACUAAUCAUCUGCUUGCUGCUUAUGUUAGGUGAAUUUAACACACAGUGGUCCAUCUCUAGACGUUUUCUUUUUAAAGAACAGUGUAGGUAAUCUGCUGUUAAUCGAUUAUGUCUGUAAAUGUAUAUUGAGAGAAUUGAAGUAUUUAUAAACAGAGUGAUUUAUUUAAGGAAAAGCUCAUUCCUCUUUCAUAUGGUGGUCUGUGUUAAUUCCAUUUACCAUUGUUUAUUAAAAAACUUGUUUACAGAAGAAUAGUGUAAAUGUUCAUGGCCAUUUUGUUCAUUUGAUUUAGUAGAUACGAUUGUGUUAACGUUGUUGAACUGUGAUGUAAAGUAUGUAAAAUUGGUAUGAAAUUGUGCUUUCUGAAUGGUUUAAAAUUACAAUUGAAGCACUGUAAACACAGGAAAAAAUAAACAUACCUGUGCAAAUGUG